AUGUCUGAAGCCCAGCGCGAGCGUGAGGUGCAGCGCUAUCUCCAGAGCUGGGAGGUUGCACAGGGCUCCUCGCUCAAUGUCGCCCUCAACGUAGACAGCCUCGCCGCCCCCGACUUACACGGCAAUGGCUACAAACCCAAGCCAUCGCCCGACAAGGCCCUGACCGCCUUCGCCCAGCUGGCCGUCUUGCGUCUCAACGUGAGGCGCGCCAUGGUCUCGCUGAUCGAUUCCACCACCCAGACGAUCCUUGCCGAAUCCACCCGCGCCCUCCAGCUCGGAGACCUUAACGAACUGCAGGAUCACCAGAGCGACGGCUUGAACAGCGACGAGGACCGGUCUACCGGUCCCAGUGCCGAUUUGUGGCUGGGCGCCGCCAUAUUGUCGCGCCCGGAUGCUGUUUGCGAACACUCCUUGGUGAACACGUGCACCGGCCUCGACCAUCGAGGCAAGCCGUAUACAGCCACCGGCCUCAUCGUCAAUGACUGCCGUUUCGACUCCCGCUUCUGCAACCGGCCCUACGUGCUGUCCGAGCCCGGCGUCCGCUUCUACGCCGGCGUGCCCAUCAUCUCCCGCAGCGGCCACAAGAUCGGCUCCUUUGCCGUCUCCGACGAAGUCCCUCACGAUGGUCUGACUGCGGAUGAGAUCCGCUUCAUGCAGGGUCUCGCCCAGACCGUCAUGGAGCACUUGGAAUGGGCCCGCGACCGCGUCGACCGCUUCAAGGGUGAGCGCAUCGUGCGCGGCCUGGCCACCUUCGUCGAGGGGUGUUCGGUUCUCGCCGAAGACCAGACGACCACCAAGGACGAGGUCCCCCGGAGCCCCUCGACCGUACGCCCGCCAGACAUGGCCCUCAUAUCAAACAGGCGUCCGAUGCCCCGGUCAAACUCGUACUUCCGCCACGCCGAAACGAAAUCGCGCUCGAGAGAGUCCUCGGCGUCCCGCCAGCAGACCGAGCCGGUCUCUCCCCCCUCCGAGAUGCCGCCGUCGACCAAGAAGGGACCCCAGCCCAGGGCCGACGGCAUGUCGAGGCUCUUCAGCCGGGCGGCCGAUGUCCUCCGCCACUCCACCCUCGCCGACGGUGUCGCCCUCUUCGGCGCCACGGCCACGACCGACUCGACGCCGGGGAGCCGCCCCAAGUCGGGGAAAACGCAGUCCUCGGACGAGGAGGACGUCGCUCGGCAGCACACCUCGGGCUCUGGCCUCGACAGUUCCGACUCGGACACGUCGCCGUCGUCGAGGCCCUGCAGGAUACUGAGCUACUCCGUGGCCGACGAACGGGCGCGCCAACGGAUCGAACAGGGCCCGGCGCUGUCGCUCGGCAUUCUCGAAAAGUACUUUGCAAUGUUCCCGAUGGGCAAGACCUUCUCCUUCACCGAGGCAGGCGUCGGCGUCUCGUCGGGCGACGACAGCGCGAGCGACAGGGAAACCAUGGGCGUCGACGGGGCACCCCCCAUCGACAGGUCCGAAGGCCGACGGCGAAAGGUCAAGAUGGUCCACGAAGAGCUUCUCAAAAAGAUACCGGGCGCCAAGACGGUCGUUUUCGUGCCCCUGUUCGACUACGGCGAAGACAAGCUCGCCGGCGGCUGCUUCCUAUGGACGUCGGUUACCGGCCGCAUGAUGAACCUCGACCAGGACCUGUCCUAUCUCCGGGCCUUCAGCAACAGCAUCAUGACCCAGGUCGGGCGCAUCAACAGCCAGAAGAACGAGGCCGCCAAGACCACCUUCAUCGCGAGCAUGAGCCACGAGCUGCGCAGCCCGCUGCACGGCAUCUUGGGCUCCGUCGAGCUUCUUCAGGACACCACCACCGACGCCUACCAGUCGGGUCUCAUCAGCUCCAUCGCCACCUGCGGCAAGACCCUGCUAGACACCCUGAAUCACGUGCUCGACUACAGCAAGAUCAACAGGCUCGGCCGGGCCCAGAUGAGGAGGCGUGCCAGGCAGAACCAGAACAGGCCCGUCGCCAUCACAUCGGAUUCUCUCGAAAGCCUCAGCAUGACGUCCGUCGUGGAUAUGGCCGUGCUUGUCGAAGAGGUCGUCGACGCCAUCGCCGCCGGUCAUGCCUUCAAGAAGCUGGUAGGCACGGGCCCGUUCGAUGGGCCGCCCAAGCCCAGCAUCAGCGUCAACGAGUCGAGAAACAUCCGAUCGGUGGGCAACUUCCAGCCCCAGGGUCAAAAGGGCGUGGUGUCGGUCCUGGUGGACAUUGACCCAAAGACGCCCUGGCUGGUCAAGACGCAACCUGGCGCCCUGCGAAGAAUCAUCAUGAACCUCUUCGGCAACGCUCUCAAGUACACGUCAACCGGCUUCGUCCUCGUCUCCCUCAGCGGCCAGGUAAGGGCCGGUGGCUCAAAGAUUGACGCCAUGAUCCGCGUGGCGGACUCGGGCAAGGGCAUGUCGGAGGAGUUCCAGCAGACUCGGCUCUUCCUCCCCUUCAGCCAAGAAGACUCUUUCCAACCCGGCACCGGGCUGGGUCUGAGCAUCGUCAAGCAGAUCGUCGACUCCCUCCGAGGAAGCCUCGAGGUCAGGUCGGAGCAGAACCGAGGCACCGAGAUCGACGUGCACCUCGGCUUCACCCCCGUGUCCGACGAGGCAUCCCGCGAGCCCGACGAGGCGAUGCGCAGCGCUAUCGAACAGACCCGGGGGUUGCAGGUCGUGCUUCUCGAAGGAGGAGACGGCUCGGGAUCACAGCCGAAGAGCCCACCGGCGGCCAAGUUGAAUGGGAUCCUCACCGAGACCUGCGCGGAAUGGUUUCACAUGAAGGUCGACAAAGAAGACCCGGCAGACCCAAAAGAGGCCGAUCUCUAUCUGUAUUCCGAACCGCCCUCCAAGGAGGUCCUCGAGAAGCGAUUCAAGGAGAACUCAAGUAGCGCUCUGAAACGCAGGAAGGCCCCAUUCAUCAUCGUCAGUCCGAACGCCGAAGAAGCGGUACGGAUUCUGGAGGAGCAUAGCAAGCUUCUGAUGGAAUUCUCAGAGAUUGUGGAAGUGAUACCCCAACCCUGCGGUCCAAGAAAACUGGCAAAGGUCUUCACCCACUGCCUCAAGCGAGCGGCGGACUUGGAGAAGAACGGCGGGACGUCCGGAAUCCCGGUCCGGUCCCUCUCCACCGAUCGACAACAGGCCGAAGAGGUCGAAAGGGUCGGAACCCCGCUCCACCAAGACGCCAAGCCGGCCGAGCUGGAACCGGCCAUGUCGGCGCAGCCCCUGAUCAAGCCCCUGGGGGCCCUCGCGCUGUCGCCGGCGCUGAACGGCGGCCAGCCCGUCCUCGUCAAGCAGAAGACCGUGGCGCUGCACGUGCUGCUCGUCGACGACAACCAGAUCAACCUCAAGCUCCUCGUCAUGUUCAUGAAGAAGUGCGGCUUCUCGUACGAGCAGGCCGAGAACGGGCAGGAGGCGCUGGACAGGUUCGUCGCGGCCUCGAGCGCGUCGGCCCCGGCGUCGGCCAGCAAGCGCCGCCGGUUCGACUUCGUGCUGAUGGACAUCAGCAUGCCCGUCAUGAACGGCUUCGAGGCCACCAAGAGGAUCCGCGAGUACGAGCGCGAGCACAAGCUGCAGGCCGCGACCGUCGUCGCCCUGACCGGCCUGGCGAGUUCCGACGCCCGCCGGGACGCCGAGACCUCGGGCUUUGACGUCUUCCUGCCGAAGCCCGUCCGUUUCGCGGAGCUCCAGAAGCUUCUGACGGCUUCAUAA